GCGAAGCACAGCACGAGAUCUCCGAAGCGUCUAAGGAGAUUAAGGCGGCCCAGUAGCAACUGCGUGGGGCCUCAAAGAACAGCGCCUUCGAGGCGACCCUGAAGGAGAUGCUCAAGGCGGUGCGGAAGAAGCGCAGCAUCGCGAGGUGGAAAGCACUGGAAACGUUCUUCGAGGGCUAUGUACGGCAGCUCGAGAAGAAGAGCCGCGAGGGGGAUCAGGCGGGUUUCUACAGGCACCUGAAGAUGAUCGA